CUUUUUUUUAUUUUUAUUUUUAUACCAUUCAUCCAUCCAUUCAUUCAUUUUAUUUCAUUCCUUUUUAUAUCAAAUAAAAAUGUUGACUCGACUCACUACGUUCAUCUUCUUGAUGAUGAUCUGUUUUUUACAAGUCAUCCAAUGUCAAGUAGGACCCACCAUUUAUACUCCAGCUAAUAAUGAUACUGUUAAUCCAGGUUCAACAAUACCCAUCACAUUUGGUUAUCAAAACCUUGGUACAGGUGCAGUAGCUGUUAAUAUUUCUUUAUGGCAAGAUUCUGCUGCCACUCAAAAGAUUCAAGACGUCACAACCAAUUAUCAACUUCCUCCCAAUAACUCAUCUGGUACUCAUGUUGAUUUUACAACUAAUGCUACAUACAACUGGAACGUCCCUCAUGGUAUGAACUUUUCUUUUUAUCUCACUGUGACUGAAAUUACUGAAGCUGAACUGGGUAACUAUACUUUACAAUCUUUCCCCAUAAUGUUACAUCCUUCUGCUGCUUGGGCUGUUCUGCCUAAUUUGAUUCUUGUUUUAUCCUUGGCCUUGGCUGUUCUAACUUAUCAAGUAUAGAUCAACAUCAUCAACACACACAAAGUUUUAUAAUGUAUCUUAUAAUAAAAUAAAGUAGCUCUUCUGAUCUAUUGUGCUAAUCCCCCCCACAAUCGGAAAUUGAAUCCAUACUUUCUUUUCUUCUUUUUUUUUUUUUUU